AUGAAGUUCUCAUUCGCUUCCAUUCUCUUCGCCAUUGCCGCACCCGCUGUGGUCAACGCUGACAAAACCAGUGUCAACGUUGAAUCCGUAAUCUCCAGUUUCUUUCUCCAUACACCCACCCUCCCAGCCGGUGCCUCUUCCACCCUAGCCACUGCCCUCGCCUCCAUAGACCACGCCUGGACCACCGCCGCCGCCUUCACCUCAUUCGAAAAUGCCGUUAUCUCCGCAGCACCUAGCUCCCUCCAAGGUUCUAUCUUGAAGAGCGGAUACUACUACGAGCAAGUAGCUACCGCGGAUUGGUUUACCAAGAAGGCGCCUAAGGAUGCCCAGAAGGCUAUCAGUAGCUACCUGAGUGAAGUUCAUAAGGUUGAGAGUAGUGUUUUUAGUAAGGUGGCUACUCAGACGAGUAAGGGAGCUGGAGCUGCGGCUACAGGAGUGCCAGCUGUAGGUGCUAUGGGUGUUGCUCUUGCGGUUGGGUUGGGGGCUGUAGGUAUGAUGUAA